AUGGAGCGCGCGAGCGAUCGGGCGCGUCGCGCGCGCGCGGUGGCGCACGGAUGGGAGCUCGCGAGCGCGUUGACGGCGACGCAGAGCGAGCGCGUGCGCGCGCUGGGGGGACGCGCGCGCGUGGGAGGGAGCGAAGAGACGCGAGAGAUUGAUGAUUCCACGCGAGCGGUGGGCGAGACGAGGGCGGAAGGGGGGGGGGUGAAGACGCCGGCGACGACGUCGGGGACGGGGGACGGGAGACCGACGAGCGCGCGGGCGUUUUACGCGUGGUACGCCGAGCGCGUGCGAGAGGUGGAGCUCAAGAGGAUCGACCGAAGAGAAUCCAGAGCGGAGGCGCUGCGUGGAGAGAUCGCGUUGCGGGACGACGCGGAGACGAAGAUUUCAGAGAUCGAACGUGAGCUCACGCGGAUGGCGACGACGCAAGUCGAGUUGAAGACGUUGUCUAGACGGACGCAGGAGGAGAGCGAACGGUUGAUCGCGGAGAAGGAACGCUUGCAGGAGUUUGCGGAGGCUCUGCGCGGAAAGUUGGACUAUUUUGACCGACUCGAGCGCGUGGCGGAGAAGUUUCAGGCUGGGGUGAUCAUCUCGGGCGCGUCGAGUGAUCCAGACGGAGCGUCGACGAUGGCGCCUCGAGAGCAAGUGUUGCCCACGCUCGAGCGUUUGGAUGAGUGCUUGGACUUUGUGUCGGCACAUCCUCAAUACGCUCAGGGGGGGAGUUACGGCGCCAAGUUUAGAGAGUUGCAGAAUCGGGCGAUGAGCACUGUGAGGGAGUACUACGUGAAUGCGCUGCGCAAGGCGACGAAACACGUGCAGGACGCGGCGAACGGGAGAAAUCGUGCGAGCGGGGCGACGGGGGAGAGCGAAUACGAUGAAAUCGUCGUGGAAGAAGGCGACGAGACUGCGCUCCUGUACGUGCGCUUCCGAGCGGGGGCGAGUGAACUGCGAGAUCUCACCGAAGAGCUCGAGAAACGAGAGCGACACGAAGAGUACGCUGCGUUGCUCUCGGACUGCCACGUGCUGUACUGUGAACAGCGAGCGGCGCUCGUUGCGGGAUCGGUUCGAAAGAAGAUGCGAGCUAUCGCGAGCGCCGAGCGAGGCAAGGACGUCCUAGCGCUCACCAGGAUCGGCGUCGCUCAUCUCGUCGAGGUUUGUCAGGCCGAGUACGGGUUGUUCAAGUACUUCUUUCCGAACACCGACCCCAACGGCGCGCUCGCGGCGUUGAUGAUUCCUCUGAACACGCACCUGAGCGAUAUCUUGCGACCGAGAUACAUCACUAUCACAAAUCUCGAGCCACUCGCAGAGCUCGUCGAGGCGCUCAAGGGAGAGAUCAUCGAGGGUAUCAUGAAAACAGAGAACGCGCUCGCACUCGAGUCAGGGCUCCGUCGAAUCACGUCCGAUGUUCAAGAGAGAUUGAUUUUCCGCGCGCAGACGUACAUCAAGGAUCGAGUGGGAAAUUAUCGUGCGACUGCAGACGACUUGGACUUCCCGGCCAAACUGGUGCGCGCGAGACAAGCAAAGGCAGAGGACGAGGUGGACGAGGACGAUAUCUCGAACUGGUACCCACCGCUUGAGCGCACUCUGACGUGCCUAGCGAAACUGUAUCGAUGCGUAGAUGUGAAGACGUUUUCCGGCCUCGCGCACGAGGCGGUAUCGAUGUGUGCGGACAACAUCGCUGGCGCUGCACGCUCGGUGGCGUUGAAAUCGAGCGCGGUCGACGGGCAGCUCUUCCUCAUCAAGCACUUGAUCAUCUUACGUGAGCAAAUCGCGCCGUUCAAUGCUGAUUUCGCGGUGUCCAUCAAGGAUUUGGAUUUCACGCACAUGCGCGGGCACAUGCGACGUAUGCUGAGUGGCGAGAUGUCGUUCUUUUCGCUCACCCCCAACAACGCCUUCUACCAGCUCGCCUCCGAGGGCCGUCCUCGUGUCAUCGAGAGUAAGAUUGACUCCAAGAAGGAACUCGAGAAGCAGCUUAGCGCGGCGUGCGAGGCGUAUAUCAUGACGAUCACGAAGCAACUCGUUGAUCCAAUGCUCAGCUUCAUCACAAAGGUGACUGCGUUCCGCGUCUCCGCGGCGUCUCAGGGUAAGUCUCUAAAGGACGCCGCGUUCGCGUCCGAAGACAAAAUCUGCGCCGUUAUCUCGCAGGUCCGAAUCGCUUUGGCCGAAAUUUUACCCAAAGUCGCGUUCACGACCAAGCUCUACCUCAACGCUCAGGGCACGCGAGACGCGCUGCUCAAACCGAUUAAGAGCAACGUCGCUGAGGCUUUCGCGCAGAUCGUCGUCAUUCUCGACAGUGAUUUCCCUCACGGGACAGCCGAGCGCGUGGGUGUGCUCGACCCGAGCCAGCUCGCCGCCGUCAUGGACGAAGCGGAGACGUGA